AUGUCAAUGGAUCCUGAUUGUACUGAAAUGAUCCCGGAGCAUAAGGUGGCAAAAUCCCAGACUUUGACCCGAGGGGCAGAAAAGCUGAUGGAAGGGAUCAAUACAAGUGUCUCGUCUGGACACAACAUCAGCAGAGUGGAGACCAUGGUGGGGCCAGCCAAGAGUUAUGUUGAGCAAAAAUUACCUUCUCCACAACAGGUGCAUUCAUGGGACAACAUGCGUAUAGCAGGCACAGGGAAAGGCGCCUGCUAUUCCAGAACAGUGGAAAGGGAAAGGGAUAUACUAGAGGCAGAUUUUCGACGUAGGAAUCCACUUUCUAGCCCCUGCACUGGACCUACACGUUCUUGUAGCUAUAGUCUCCUCAAAUCCCACUGUCAGACUUGUGGACACCCAAAUCCUAAACCUGAUAAAACCAGAAGUCCAUCUAGCCUCACCAAACUUGACCUCCAAGGAAUCAGUCGCUAUGCCCAGAGGUCAUCAGGAUUUAUGAGUACAUCUGAACGCAAAUCAGGACGUCAAAACAGUUAUAAUCAAAGGGGUAGGAGAGGUCCAGUACAGCUUCGCCGCACAGUUAGUGAAGGAUAUACUUCAGGUGGCCCUGAACCCAGGGCAUCAGCAGAUGGGUAUACUGAAUACUUGCACUUCUUGCCCUCAUCGGCAAAAUCCGGGCCAGCCGCCAAUUGGGAGGAGCCUUUGUCCUACUCACAGUCACCAUUGUCGGCGUUAGCCUCGGUCAUACCUUAUGUCACAGAUGUCGAUUCUUCUUCUCUACUGACUGACGUGAUACGUCGAGUGGUAAACAAUAAGCUCUCCCUGACUCGAAGGUUGUAG